AUGCCUAGGGCACGUGCAGAGAGGCUGGUCGAGGCCACGGGAUCCUCACUCAGCACGGAGCGGCACGAAGGAGUGCGCCACUGGACGUGCUGGCUGCCCAAGCGAGCAGCGAUGGCUAUCAAGAAGUGCCUCGCGCGUCGGCCGUCGGCGUUCGAGGAGCUCAUCGCCAAAGCGCCGGCGGUGCUCGACGCGCUGCCGGACGAGACGCUGCGCGCGGUGGCGGCGACGUCCCGUGCGGCGCUGCUGUCGACCCUCAAACACACGCGGUUUGCUCUCUGGCCGUCGUCAUCGCCCCGGGAGGGGAAGCCCGCGCUGCUGCGUGGGCUGGAGCGGCGGGAAGUGCCUGUGCCAGGCAGCGUGCGCCUGGAGUACGUCACGCGCAACGAGAGGGGCCACCUGUGCGACGUUGUACACGUUGAGUUCCCGGCCGACGACGGGAACACGCUCGCCAGCUUGGGACACGGGCCACGGUUCCAUUCGUCGCUGGACGACGUCCUCGACGGCCUCGACCAGCUCAUGGCGCGCUCGGAGGCGUUGGGGGCUCCGCUGCGGCUGCGCGGGGUAUAUAUCCGCCCCGCGGGUCCGAGGGCGCGCCGCGGGUUCGCAGCGCCGAGCAGCGAGAAGCUGGUGUCGCUGCUGGAGCGGCACUCGGUGCAGCACCUCCGGGCUCUGCUGGUGCAAGGACUUGACCUCUCGACCGACUUCUGGGAGCUGGUGGUGCUGCUCCCGGACGCCACGAAGCUGGAGCUUCUGCAUCUCGAUGAGCCCAUCGUCCGCAGGCACUUCUGCGAGCAAAUCUGCGAUAGCCUGCGCGGGCUGCGGAGGCUCCGCAAGCUCUGCUUGCAGAGUGCCGCGCAGUGCCUCGAGGACGAUGACGUGAGACCAGUGGCCAAGGUGAUGCAGCUGCUCAAGGGCAGCACGAGCAUCGAGGAGCUGUGCUUCAGGGGGUUCGAGAACCCGCUCCCGGGGGACCCCCAGGCGAUCGAGGAGGUGCUCAGGAGCAACACCACACUGCGCACGCUGGAGCUCGACUCGGAGGGGGGCCUGGGGAAGACGGUGGGGUGCGCGGGCGUGGGCGCGGCCAUCGGCGCUGCGCUGGAGACCAACCGCACGCUGACGCACCUGUGUCUCAAGACCGGCAACAUGCUUCGAGGCGACGAUUGCGAGUCCUUCUUCCAUGGCCUUGGGAGGAAUCGGACGCUCGAGGUGCUCGACAUCGAGCAUGCGGCGCUGCACGGCGAGGCGCUGGCGGGGCUCGGGAGGGCGGUGGCGGCGGGCAGCGGGCUGAAGCGCGUGAGGGUGAAGUACAACUGGUUGGACCCUGGCGUGUGCAUGUUUGCGCAGGCGGUGAUGGACAGGUCGUGCAUCGAGUCGCUGACGCUCUACGCGUGCGGCAUCGGCAACGACGGGAUGCGCGAGCUCGCGAAGGCGAUGAAGCACGGCGCGCUCGGGCGGACGCUGCGCGAGCUCAAGCUUGGCAACAAUUGGUCGAUCACGGGCGAGGGGGUCGCGGUGCUGGCGGAGGCGCUGCACGGCAACACCACGCUGCGCGAGCUGUAUCUCAGUGACUGCUCGGCCCGGGACCGGGGCGCGGCGGCGCUCGCGACGGCUCUGCAGCAGGGAUGCGCACUGAAGGUGUUGGAAGUGGCGUACUGUGGGAUCCGCGACGACGGCGCGAUAGCGCUGGCGGGGGCGCUGCGAACCAACACCACGCUGCGCGCGCUCGAGGUGGAUGUCAACCCCAUUGGUCGGACCGCAGGCGCAGCGCUGGCUGAUGCAUUAGGGCCGGGGUCGGCGCUGCACGAGCUGCGUAUCGGCGGUGUCACGCCGUGGAUGUGGCUGGACGCGGAUCCGAUGGACGACAGCACGGCGCAGGCGUUCGUGCGUGCGGUGCGGCGCGGGGCGGCGGUGCGGGUGUUUGACUGCACAUUCUGGGACAAGGUCGCCAGCGAGGGCACACGGGAGGCGCUGGCGGCGCUGGGGUGCCGACGUGCUCCGGACCCUCACAAAAAAGUGGACGUGCCGUAG